AUGCCGAAACCAGCAGUACAAGUGGGGGAAGAUCCCGAUCCUACUCCCUACCUGUUCGUAUCUCUUGAACAAAAGAGAAUUGAUCAAUCCAAACCUUAUGAUGCUAAAAAAGCUUGCUGGGUACCUGAUGAAAAAGAAGGAUAUCUGCUUGGAGAAAUUAAAGCUACGAAAGGCGAUAUUGUCUCAGUUAUAUUGCCGGGGGGUGAGACGAAAGACUUUAAGAAAGAUCAACUACAACAAGUCAACCCACCCAAGUACGAAAAAGCUGAAGAUAUGUCCAAUUUAACAUAUCUUAACGAUGCUUCUGUUUUACACAAUUUAAAACAGCGUUAUUACCACAAACUUAUCUAUACGUAUUCUGGUCUUUUCUGUGUGGCAAUCAAUCCAUAUAAACGUUACCCUGUUUAUACGACACGAUGUGCAAAAUUAUAUCGUGGUAAACGACGAAGUGAAGUGCCUCCACACAUUUUCGCCAUUUCUGAUGGUGCUUAUGUAAAUAUGUUAACAAGUAAGUUCAUGACUAAAUACUAUUAUUUUGAUUGAUAUCUUAUUAAGGGAGAUAUAGCCGCUGUGACGGCCGAAAAAACAAGUGAUUUUCAAGCAUUUUUUUGACCGGGAAAAUAAAGGAACAUCAGGAUUGUACAUCGAACAAUACUUACAAAAUUUUUUAUUAAAAAAUGUUACAUAGUUUUAAAGAUAUGAGUGUUGCCGUAAAUCUGAAUAAAAAAAAUUUCCCUCGAUAGUCGCAUCGAUUUCUUUAAAACGGCUUAUCUGAAAAGAAUGCAAGUUUAUUAAAAUCUAUAUGGAUGUAUAUAUUUAAUAAGCUUUAUUAACUGUUAAUAAAUGAUUUUUUAACAUCAUGGGAUUUAAUAAAUAUUUAUUAACAGUUAAUAAAUUAUUUAUUAA